CAGUUCCGUGUCUUUCCCUGCUUCUCAGAGUUGCCUGCUAUAGAAUUUUAUCGGAAACGCUGUCUCUUUCCCGUGAGUGCCUGUUUUCUCGGGAAAAUGAUGGAAAAUUCCGAAGCAUGAUAACGUUCAUGUUCUCAAAAUGAGGGGAUCAUAUUGGGUGGACGAAUCUAAUGCCCCAUCAACCUCCAGCUCGCAUCGUCGCAUUCAUCAUCAGCCUCCAUCUUGCGCCCGUCACAGAGGCGAUAAUGUGUUUCGACUGCUGGCACGAAGAGAGAUUUGCCCUCGAGCAAAGCAUGCAUCGAAAAAGUUGUGGAGCGAAUGCUCCGAUCAGCAACUGGAUUCCUUUGAGCUUAGGUCUGAAUCAGCCCUAGAUGCCAGGCGCGCUCUCAUUUCAUGGGUGGAGACAGAAUCGUUGCUGCAUUUAUCAGCCAAAUAUUGUCCGUUGUCACCUCUUCCAAGAUCAACCAUAGCUGCAGGCUUCAGCUCUGACGGGAAGACCCUUGCUUCGACGCAUGGGGAUCAUACUGUAAAGAUUAUUGAUUGCCGAACAGGGAAAUGCUUAAAGGUCUUGAGGGGUCAUCGGCGGACACCUUGGGUUGUUAGAUUUCAUCCUUUGUGUUCAGAAAUACUGGCAAGUGGAAGUUUAGAUCAUGAAGUUCGUUUGUGGAAUGCAAAUACUGCAGACUGUAUAGGAUCUCGUGACUUCUACCGUCCUAUUGCUUCUAUUGCGUUUCAUGCUCAUGGGGAGCUUCUUGCUGUAGCUUCUGGACACAAGCUAUACAUAUGGCAAUAUAACAAUAGAGGGGAGACAUCCUCACCAGCUAUUGUGCUAAAGACACGUCGUUCACUUCGUGCUGUGCAUUUUCACCCUCAUGGAGCUCCAUUUCUUUUAACAGCAGAGGUAAAUGACCUUGAUUCAUCUGAUUCGUCAAUGACACUUGCAACUACUCCAGGGUACCUGCACUAUCAUCAGCCUUCGGUAUAUUUGGCAGAUGCUCAUCGUGGUACCCGCCUUAGUUUAGGGGAUGAACUGCCUUUAGCAGCCUGGCCUACCCUAAUAUGGCCUUCUUUUGCUAGAGAUGUUGCUAGAAUACCCCGCCAGCAAACUAAUGGAGAUGUUAGUUCAAGUCGUGUGCAACAAAGACUUGAUCAUUCCACUCCUAUGCAGCUUCUUACAUAUUCAAUUUCAUCAGGGCAGUAUGAACUUCGGCUGUCUCCCAUUGAACCUUAUAGCUCAUCUCCUGUGCCAGAAGAAACUCAGACUAAUUCUUUCAUGGAUAAUGAAGCUCCCCAAUUUUCAAUGGAUACCGUUGAGACUGCAGAAGUGCAGACUGUUGAGAGAAACAAUUCCAUGUUACCCUCUGGUGAUCAACUAUACUGGGAAGUUCCUUUCUUGCAUGGGUGGUUAGCUGGCCAGAGCCAAACAGGAAGCCAUGCAAUGGGUUCCCUUAAUGUUUUGGCCCAUGAAAAUCUAAGAGCAUAUGGUGAAUCAGAAAAUCACAUUUCUUCCCCAGUAAUCCCGAUAAAUAUUGGCCUAUCUAGGGGCAAUGAGAGAUCUGAUCUGCAUUAUCGAUCUUCACGACCGCAAACAAUAUCUGCAACUGGCUCUCAUGAAACUACUGCUUUUGAUAGAGUGGCACGCAGUGAAAUUGAUGCUCUGGCUGUUGCUAGUAGAAUCCAAUCUGAACUUGCUACGUCUUUGUCUGCAGCUGCUGCAGCAGAGUUACCUUGCACUGUCAAGUUAAGAAUAUGGCCAUAUGAUGUAAAAGAUCCUUUUGCCCCUUUCAAUGCUGAACAAUGUCGCCUAACUAUACCACAUGCUGUACUUUGCAGUGAAAUGGGCGCCCAUUUUUCACCUUGUGGGAGAUUUUUAGCAGCUUGUGUUGCAUGCUUGCUACCUCAUCCAGAAACUGAUCCUGGCUUACAAGGCCAGGUGCUCCGUGAUAAUGCAGAGGCUGCAACUUCCCCAACACGACAUCCAAUUUCAGCCCAUCAAGUCAUUUAUGAGCUUCGGAUAUAUUCCCUUGAGGAGGCAACAUUUGGGUUGGUGCUUGCAUCCCGGGCGAUAAGAGCUGCUCACUGUUUAACUUCGAUUCAGUUCUCCCCCACAUCAGAGCACUUACUGCUUGCCUAUGGUCGUCGCCACAGUUCACUACUUAAAAGUGUGGUCAUUGACAGGGAGACAUCAGUACCAAUUUAUACUAUUCUUGAGGUCUACCGAGUUUCUGAUAUGGAACUUGUAAGAGUUCUACCUAGUGCAGAAGAUGAGGUCAAUGUUGCAUGCUUUCAUCCCUCAGUUGGAGGUGGGCUUGUAUAUGGGACUAAGGAAGGGAAGCUCAGGAUCCUCCAGUACGAUACCUCUCAUGCUACAAAGUUUACAUCCUCUUAUCUUGAUGAGCACAUGCUUGAGGUAGAGGCAAUGACAGAUGUCCCAACUUAUGCAUUAGAAUGCUAAUUACCGGUGAUCAGGAGCCAUGUGAAAUUCCAGAAUGCCGGGGACUUUUCCUAUGCUUGCUGAAAGUUGGCAGUGCCUCUUCAACUAAUCCUAACACUUCAUGUUGAUUGUGUUUGAAUCCUUGGAAGCUGUAUUGGAACCAAUUGUGAAUUUACAUUUCUAUUUUGUUUAUGGAAGCAUGUUGUAUCAUCAGUGCACAUAAUUUUUAUAUGUAUUAAAAAAAAAAAAAGCAUCCACUGUUCAGUCUU